AUGGCUGCUACCUUGCCCGCCCGCUCGCCGAGCGGCGUCUUCCCCCAAACCACCACUUCGUCUCCCCUCUUCACUCCGUCUCCCUCGGGCAUCCGCAAACGGCGCGCAGCGUCCCCACCUCCUUCUGAUCCUCAAUACGCUACGGGAGGAUGGGACAACCCUUCCGUCGCUCCUCUUCCAGCCAAGCGGCGCCGCCCUAAUCUCACCAAUGGCUUCUCCGGCCUCUCCCUCUCCCAUGUACCUACACACGAUCCCAACGCGCCCGGACCUUCCUCCCUCCCGAGCUACUCCCAAUCCCAACGGGAAGACUUUGAUUUCCCCUUCAGUACAGAAGACACCGACGAAGAUCUAGGCAGCUCCGGCCUGGACUCCCUCUUUGCGCGGAACGACGUCGAGGUGGAGGAGCUACCCUACCGUAUGCGACACCCGCACCGGACCGCCUCCACUUCAUCCUCGUCCGAAGGUACCGAGGACUCUGAUGCGACUGCCACAUUCCCUCGCUUACGGCGACGGAGGACGCAGCAGGCGGAUGCGGUCGAGCAGCCAAUGGAUGAGCCGGAGCCUCAGGCGGUAGAGGUGGAUCAGGAUCUGGGGGUCGAGGAUGUCACGCCUCGAUCGAGGAAAAGGAGAUCCACGUCGGUGGAUGCGGAUGAUGAGCGUCAGGGAGGGAGUAAGCGGAUGAGGGAGGGGAUGGAUAUAGAUAUGGGGACAGAGAUCGAGGAGAUACCGAGAGGGCGGAGGGGUUCAGAGUGGUAUGAGCCAGAAAAAGAUCGUAUAAUAUAUACACGACUAAGCGAGUCCCCUUCUCGCUCGUCCGAGAGGGAGCGCUCUUCCUCCCCACCGGUCCAACUAUCCCAGCCGGGGACGAAUGGCUUCACCAUCUCCCCCUCGAUGCUUACGCGCCUCCUGGCUGCGACGAAAGAUUCCUCCAUCCCCUUCCCGACGCAGUUCCCACAACAGCGGGAGAUGGGCCUCGUACUGUACCGUCCAUUGGGUAUCCAGGCGGGCCAGCAUCUGAAUCAAGGGGACGUACGGGGCAUCGUGAGGGAGUGGGCGGGGAAGGAAGGGGAUAGCGGGCGGUUCGAGGUGGUUGAUGAGGAUGAAGAUUUGACGCUGGGCGAUGCAGAGAUGGAGGGACAGGAGGCGGGGGAUAUGGAUAUCGAUAUGUAG